CUCCCAAAGCUUGAUUUUUAUUCAAACAAGGCAAGAGCGCCAAACAAAACAAGCAAUGGCUGCUUCUACUUCUCCAAACUUCACAACAUCUUUGCAUAAGAACUCCCACAAAACAAAGUUUCCUUCUUUACCAGGGAAGAAAACUCUGCACACCAAACUUAGUUUCUCAUUUUCUUUUCCGUUCAAUAAAUCGAUACGUGUGAAAUCCAUUGGCACGGCGAAGUAUGAUGAAGUUGUGGUGGAUGAAGAGUUGGACAAGAUUAGAAGGCUUCAGAAUGGUUCAGAUGUUAGAGGAGUGGCAUUGGAGGGUGAAAAGGGCAGAACAGUUGACCUUACUCCUCCUGCAGUUGAGGCAAUAUCAGAGAGUUUUGGAGAGUGGAUUAUCAAAGGUUUAAAGAAGGAAAAAGGAUACCCUGUAGAGAAUGUUAGAGUGUCUCUCGGGCGUGACCCUCGAGUCACAGGGUCCAAAUUGAGCGUCGCAGUCUUUGCAGGUCUGGCUCGCGCCGGUUGCAUGGUGUAUGAUAUGGGACUAGCCACCACCCCGGCUUGUUUCAUGAGCACUUUGUUGCCUCCAUUUGCCUAUGAUGCUUCAAUGAUGAUGACAGCUUCUCACUUGCCAUACACCAGAAAUGGUCUGAAAUUUUUUACAAAGAGAGGUGGACUGACUUCAACAGAGGUGGAGGAAAUAUGUGAAAAAGCUGCUCGUAAAUAUGCAAAUAGGAUGGCCAAGGUGUCUACUUUGCUUAAUGUUCUUCCAACAAAAGUUGAUUUUAUGAGCACCUACUCAAUGCACCUACGAGAAAUCAUCAAGGAGAGAAUCAAUCAUCCUUUGCAUUAUGACACUCCACUCCAGGGAUUUCAGAUAAUAGUAAAUGCUGGAAACGGCUCAGGAGGGUUCUUCACAUGGGAUGUGUUAGACAAACUUGGUGCAGAUACCUUUGGCUCUCUACAUCUUAACCCUGAUGGAAUGUUUCCAAAUCACAUUCCCAACCCUGAGGACAAAACUGCCAUGGCACUCACCAGAGCAGCAGUGCUACAAAACUCAGCUGAUCUUGGAAUAGUUUUUGACACCGAUGUCGACCGAAGCGGCGUGGUUGAUAGCAAAGGGAAUCCAAUAAAUGGUGACAAGCUGAUUGCUCUCAUGUCUGCAAUUGUGCUGAGGGAACAUCCAGGAUCAACCAUAGUGACUGAUGCUCGUACUAGCAUGGCACUCACUAGAUUCAUAACUGAUAGAGGUGGUCACCAUUGCCUAUACCGUGUCGGAUACAGAAAUGUCAUUGACAAGGGAGUGCAUCUUAACAAUGACGGAAUUGAAACGCAUCUUAUGAUGGAAACAUCUGGUCAUGGUGCUCUCAAAGAAAAUCAUUUCCUUGAUGACGGGGCUUACAUGGUGGUGAAGAUUAUAAUUGAAAUGGUUAGGAUGAAGCUUGCUGGAUCAAAUGAAGGGAUUGGUAGUCUUAUAGAAGAUCUUGAAGAACCGUAUGAAUCAGUGGAACUUAGGAUAAAUAUCAUCUCUGAACCUCGACUUGCUAAAGCCAAAGGAAUCGAGGCUAUUGAAAUAUUUAGAAAUUACAUUGAGGAAGGGAGACUUAAAGGGUGGGAGUUAGACUCAUGUGGUGAUUGUUGGGUGAGUGAAGGGUGCCUUGUAGAUACAAAUGACACCCCAGCUCCCAUUGAUGCUCAAAUGUACAGGGCAAAAGUAUCAAACGAUGAGCAUGCACAACAUGGUUGGGUUCACAUGAGGCAGAGUAUUCACAACCCAAACAUUGCUGUGAACCUGCAAUCAUCUGUUCGGGGAGGUUGCUUGUCUAUGGCAAGAGCUUUUAGAGAUGAGUUCCUCAAAGCAAGUGGAGUUCAUACAUUCCUUGACAUUACUCAAGUUGAUAAGUUUGCUGAAAAUGGCUCCAAAGCCUAAUUUGCAAUACUUAAUAAAAAUGCUGAGAGUCUGCAGAUUGAAGCCUUCAUCAACGCUCAAACUUCUGUAUAAUUUCAAUAUUAUAGUAGUUUAAGUGAAUUAUUGCAACAUAAACUUUAAGAAAAGGAAAAGAAAGUAUACAACUACAAUUGAGUACAUAGUAAAAAAAGUAUAACAGUGUUUCCAUAAAAAAAAUAAAAAAGUAUAAUAGUGUUAGGUAAGCAAAGCAACAUUUCAAUCAUAAUUACUGAUUCCUGUCAUAAGCUUUUGAAUAACAUAUAUCAGUUCAAACUCCGCAAUUGGAUCAGAGACAA